GGGCACAGGUGGGUGGCACUGCUGGGCACAGGUGGGUGCACUGCUGGGCACAGGUGGGUGCACUGCUGGGCGGAGCUAGUGGGCGCACUGCUGGGCACAGGUGGGUGCACUGCUGGGCACAGGUGGGUGCACUGCUGGGCGGAGCUAGUGGGCGCACUGCUGGGCACAGGUGGGCGGAACUUGCGGGCGGCACUGCUGGGCACCGAUCAUCAGGGCACUGAUCAUCAGGGCCCUGAUGAUCGGUGCCGAUCCCCGCUCUGACAACUGCCGGUUCUCGGCAGUACUUUCCCCACGAUCUGACAGCGUGAGGAAAGUGCAGCCGAGAACCGGCACUUGCAU